GACGCUCCUGAGUAGAGUGCACGGUAGGAAGCGCACUCACCGGGGCUCCCGGGGCAAGUAGGCAGCCUACGGGGAUCCGCGUCCAAGGCCAGCGUUGGAACGCGCCGCCCUCAACCCGCACAGUCCCCUCGCGCUACCCAGACGUUUCCAAAAGAGGUCGAACCAGCCGGACAAGUCUUACGCGCCACGACUCCCGCCGGCAGCAGGUGGCCCCGGACUUCCCGCUGUCGCUGAAGCCCGGGCGCACAGUGCGCCACGCUGCGUCCCGGAGCUCUCUCAGCCGCCCCGUCGGCAGGGAUGGAGGCGGACGGGGACCAGGAGGAGCUGGCCCGGUUGCGGUCAGUCUUUGCCGCCUGUGACGCGAACCGCUCUGGGCGCCUAGAGCGAGAGGAAUUCAGCGCGUUGUGCGCAGAGCUGCGCGUGCGACCGGCCGACGCGGAGGCUGUGUUCCAGCGGCUGGACUCCAACCGAGACGGUGCCAUCACGUUCCAGGAGUUCGCGCGCGGCUUCCGUGGGGCCCGCCGCGGGGGGCGGCGUCGGGUCGGCGGGCUGCCAGAGCCAGCGCCCACGGAGUCCCAGGCUGGGUGGGACCCCGGGAACAGCGAGGAGGAGGAGGAAGACGAAGGCAACGAGGGGGCGGCAGCGGCAGUGCUGGCAGCCCCCUGGGGCGCGGUGGGCCCCAGCCAGGCUUGGCAGGACUUCCAGGCGAGACUUGGGGAAGAGGCCAAGUUCAUUCCCAGGAAAGAGCAAGUUAGUACUUUGUAUCAAAACAUCAACCUUGUGGAGCCAAGACUGAUUCAGCCGUAUGAAUAUGUCAUAAAGAACUUCAUCCGUGAGAUCAAGCUUCAAAGCACAGAAAUGGAAAACCUGGCCAUUGCGGUGAAGAGAGCCCAGGACAAGGCAGCCAUGCAGCUGAGUGAGUUGGAGGAGGAGAUGGACCAGAGGAUUCAGGCUGUAGAACACAAGACUCGGAAGGACGAAAAACGCAAAGCUGAGGAAGCCCUCAGUGACCUCAGACGUCAGUAUGAAACAGAAGUAGGGGAUCUACAGGUGACAAUAAAGAAAUUGAAAAAGCUAGAAGAACAAUCAAAACAUGUAAGUCAAAAAGAAGAUGUGGCCACAUUAAAGAAACAAAUUUAUGAUUUAUCAAUGGAAAAUCAGAAGGUUAAGAAAGAUCUUUUAGAAGCACAGACGAACAUAGCCUUUCUUCAGAGUGAAUUAGAUGCAUUGAAAAGUGAUUAUGCUGACCAGAGUCUGAAUUCUGAAAGGGAUCUGGAAAUAAUCCGAGAGUACACAGAAGAUCGAAAUAGUCUUGAGAGGCAAAUUGAAAUACUCCAAACAGCCAACCGGAAACUGCACGACAGUAACGACGGCCUAAGGAGUGCCCUGGAAAGCACUUACAGCAAGUUCAACAGAUCCUUGCGCAUAAAUAGUACGUCACCAGGGAAUACGAUCUCUAGGAGCAGUCCCAAAUUUAAUGGUCAUUCUCCUCAGCCUUCAGGCUAUGACAGGUCAUCUCGCUCUUCCUACGUGGAUGAGGACUGUGACUCGUUGGCCCUCUGUGAUCCUAUGCAGAGGAUGAAUUGUGAAGUUGACAGCCUGCCUGAGAGCUGCUUCGACAGCGGCUUGUCCACCCUGAGAGAUUCCAAUGACUAUGACUCGGAGGUGGAGUACAAACACCAGAGGGCAUUUCAGAGGUCACACGGCACCCAGGAGAGCUUCACGGGGGAUGCUUCAGACACAGACGUUCCUGAUAUAAAGGAUGAAGAGACGUAUGGUUCAGAAGGUGUGGCUUCCGUCUUAGACUGGAAGCCCCAGGAGUCUGGUGGUGAAGACAGUCUUGCUGCUUUUUCCAGAAAGCCCAUCUUGACACUCUCACCCCAGACAGACACGGUGGAGGACAGCAGACCUUCCAGCUCACAGAAGGCUUACAAGAUUGUGCUUGCUGGGGACGCCGCUGUGGGGAAGUCCAGUUUCCUCAUGAGACUUUGCAAGAAUGAAUUUCGAGGAAAUACAAGUGCCACCCUGGGGGUCGACUUUCAGAUGAAAACUCUCAUUGUUGAUGGAGAGCGGACGGUUCUGCAGCUCUGGGACACGGCCGGUCAGGAGAGAUUCAGAAGUAUUGCCAAGUCCUACUUCAGAAGAGCAGAUGGUGUUUUGCUGCUGUAUGAUGUCACAUGUGAGAAAAGCUUCCUUAAUGUACGAGAAUGGGUAGAUAUGAUAGAGGAUGCAACCACCGAGAAUAUCCCAAUCAUGUUGGUGGGAAACAAAGCUGAUCUUCGUGACACUGCAGCCGCAGAGGGACAGAAGUGCGUCCCGGGAUACUUUGGAGAAAAACUGGCCAUGACGUAUGGGGCUUUAUUCUGUGAAACAAGUGCCAAAGAUGGUUCAAAUGUAGUGGAAGCUGUUCUCCAUCUUGCACGGGAAGUGAAGAAAAGAACUGAUGAGGACGACAGCAAAUCCGUCGCCAACCUGACUGGAAGCGGUUUCAAACAGUCAACCCAUACGAAGAAUUGUUGCAAGGGGUGAGCCCGAACCCCGUGGCCUACGCAGUCUUCAUUUCCGGAGCCCAGAAGCUGUGGGACUCGUGCGUGGCCUGCGGACACUGUCAUGCGGAGAGUUGCGGUGUGGGAGUCUGAACUGUGUUCUCGGUCCCUCCGGAACCUCAGCUCUUCUUUUGCUACGUUUCCAUGAACAGUUCGGGCUCCCUGGUUAAAUAUACUUGUCUUGUCCUACCAGAGACUUAAAGAUAACAUAUAAAUGUGUGUAAGUGCUAAAAAAUCACAUGCUCAGAUCAAAGCUGUAGAAAGAACUCUCGGACUUAAUUAGAUUCAUGUGGUAGCUGAUACAACCUGUGACCACAUGUCCUACAAAUAGUCAGCACUAGAGUACUAGUAAACAAGGGUUAUCAUGCUAGCUUUGCUGUUAACUAGGCUAGUGGCCUCAGACACAUCCUUGUUGGCCUUGGCCUUGGGUCUCUCUCACAUCCUGUAGCAUUUUUUUGGCAGUGGGAGGGAGAGUACAAUAGCUCACAAUUAGUAAGGACUCGGAUUGUUUGUACUUUUAAAAUAUUGCAGUAUUGACUCUUCUCACUUCUGAAACAAGAACAGAUUUUAAUUGAGAAAAAUGAUAAUUUUUCAGGCUUCGGUGGAGACAGAAAAAUUUAUUUUUCUAUGCAUGGAGAAGAAAACAUUUUUGUGACAAUAAUAGUUCUGUAUCAAAGAAGGUAUUUUAUAAGCUCAAAAUACAAAGUCUGUGGCUUAAAUUCAAUGUUAAAAAUUUUAAUACAAAUAUAUAAAGCCACAUACUAUUGAAAGGACAAAGCGUAGGAACGUCGUCACUCUUCACUUAAAAAAAAUCACCUUUGAGUGGCUGCCAGGGACUUGGCAAAGGGAGGAGCCGAGGGUGAGUGGCUGCUGCUGGGUCUGGGACAGCCUUUGGGGGCGAUGAGAAUGUCCUGGGGUUACACUGGGCAGUUGGUGGUUGCACAAGUUUGUGAGUACACUAAAAGCCACUGAACUGUAUACUUUAAAGGGAUGAAUUUUACAAUAUGUGAAUUAUAUCUCAUUAAAAAAUACAUUAGUCUUUAGAACUAUUUAACAUUUUUGCCAAGUGAGAAUAUGUAUGCAUACUUAUUUCAAACCUUCCCAGGGUUUAAAAGCCUAAUCUCCAAUAUAAUGCAAGUCCCUUUACCGCCUACCUGCCAGCAUUCGCUUCCUUAAGUAAUGAACAAUAAAAGAAGUUAUGCAUGGUGUUUGGACAUAUCAUCUCUUUAACAAAAGAGGUCUGGUUAGGAAAGGAAUCAGAGUCCUUCGAUUAAUGUGACUAGUGACUCAUCCUCACCAAGGACCUGGCAGGUCUUGCUCUCCUUCUAGAACCUGCAGUAGCUCCCACACUUCCCCACUGAAGUGCCUCUAAGAACCAAAGGGGUCAAUAUCUGACCCUGGGGUAGGUCAGCAAUGCUGGGGUUUUGGUUUUUGGUUUUCAGUGGCCUGAACCAGUUAAAGUCAUUCCCAACCAGCGAUCUGAACCUACUUGGUUCAUAUAGGUCAAGGCCCCAAGUAGUUGGCUGAAAAAAACUGAAAUAAUGGGUUUUUACAUAUAAGCUAAUCACAUUCUUUUUUAUUGAAUAAAACAGUUUGUUGUAGGAAUUCUUCUCCUGUUUAUGAUUUUUAGGAUCAAACCACACUUCAUUUUUAUUUUAAUGGAAGCUGACAAGGUAUGUCACUGAUUGUAAGUAACCACACAGCAUCAUUGGCUUUGGAAGCUUUCUUCCUCUCUAUUGACGACAUCUAGGUUUUUUUUCCUGGAAAGUUGGGUCUGUCCAUCACAACUCCACAUGCGUUCUUGUUCCUCCUUCACGGUUUUUGGUAGUUAAAAGCUAUAAGAAAACAUUAUGUUUUUGACCCAAAACAAUGCCUUGUUUGUGGGGAACUGUCAUGCUGAGCGGCGGAGGGAGUGGUAGUUACUUUGCGGAUGUGUGCGAUGGAAGUUCUGCUUCUGCCGCCUGCCUAGGUGACAUAUGUGGAGCCAGGUUCGAAGGGACCUGAUGAGUGUGUCACAGGGGACUCACGUUCAGGUGUCUGGUGGAGGUGCACAAAGCUGUGCGUAUGUGCUGUCAUGUCGCCUUUCUUUCCCCCCGAAGUGUCUCUCUGUUUUUACCAUCUGUACCUGUGAGCAUGCCUUUGAUGCAAAAGUAUUACCUGGGCCAGCACAUCCACAGUGUUUAGAGUACGCAGGUACCUUUGAUAGACAAAGCAGUCAUCUUUAACUGCUCGAACACAGAUAAAUAUUUUGGCAACAAAAUCCAAAUUAGACGUAUAUAGCUCUGGGUAGCAAUCUUGUUUACAGAAAAGCUACUUACAGCUCUUUCAGCUGCAUUGCUAGCAAAUUGUGAUUAUUACCAGCACUUGAUUUCAUGAAGGUGUUCUCAAAUUGAAAGCAUAUUUUCAUUAAGAACAAAAAUACAGUCAUGCACUGCUGAAGGACUGGGGUACAUUCUGAGAAGUGCUUUGUCAGGCAGUUUUGUUGUGCAAACAUCACAGAGUGCACUUCCACGAACCGCGGGGGUGUAGCCAGCCUACCACACACUCAGGCCACAUGGUAUAGCCUGUUGUUCAAGACUACAAACCUGUAUGGCGUGCUACUGUACUGAGUGCUAUAGGCAGUUGUAACUCAGUGGUAAAUAUUUGUGCAUCUAAACAGAAAAGGUACAGCAGAAAUACAGCGUACAAGAUAAAGGGUGUGUGCCUUUGUGCAGGAGUUUGGAGACCGGAUUGGGGAGGUCUGUGGAGGGAGGUGCUGUCAGAGGGAGAAUAGACGUCAGAAGGAAGGAGGGAAGAAGGCAGAGAGGGAAGAAAGACAAAGGCAGAGGAAGGAAAAGUGGAGAUGGAAAGAGGCCUGCGGAGAUAAAGCUGGAGA